UAAGUUUCAUUACAAAGUGAAACAACAAUGAGUUAGCUUGAACCCCACGUUCUUCUGAGAAAGAAUUAUUUUCUUCAAAUCAACAACCACAAGAGAAAUAAAAGACAAAAAAGAAAUGCAAACUGCUUUAGAUAAGAGAGUGGAAAUAGUGAAGUCGAGAUUCAAGAGGGUUUGUGUGUUCUGUGGUAGCAGCAGCGGAAACAAAGACUGUUACAGAGACGCUGCCAUUGAUCUAGCUCAAGAGCUGGUUGAGAGGAAACUGAAUCUUGUGUAUGGAGGAGGAAGUAUUGGUCUCAUGGGUUUGGUCUCACAAGCUGUUCAUGAAGCUGGAGGACAUGUACUAGGGGUCAUACCAAGAACUCUUAUGGACAAAGAGAUAACCGGAGAAACAUUUGGUGAGGUAAGAGCUGUGGCUGACAUGCAUCAACGGAAAGCCGAAAUGGCAAGCCACUCCGACUGUUUCAUUGCAUUACCAGGUGGGUAUGGAACAUUGGAGGAGUUAUUGGAAGUAAUAACAUGGGCACAACUCGGAAUCCACGACAAGCCUGUGGGAUUGUUAAAUGUGGAUGGUUAUUACAAUUACCUCCUCACUUUCAUUGAUAAAGCCGUUGAUGAUGGCUUUAUCAAGCCAUCUCAGCGUCACAUCUUUGUCUCUGCCCCUAAUGCCAAAGAGCUUGUCCAAAAACUUGAGGCAUAUGAGCCUGUGAGUGAUGGAGUCAUAGCAAAAUCAAAGUGGGAGGUUGAGAAGGAUGUGCAACAACAACAACAAGCUGUGAUCUGCUCCAACACAAACAUGCACACUGAGAUUGCUCUUUAGAGGGUCAUUUACGAUGUAUCCGUGUCAUUUUAUUAAUUAAACCCUAAAUGCUCAAGACCUGAAUAUAUAAGUCACUCACUCCCUUGUUUAUAUCUUCAAGACUUCAAGUGAAUGUUUUCGGUUGAAAAAUAGUUGUUACACAAACUAGUACGGACAACAUUUUUAAUAUUUGGGAUAGUUCA